AGCGGACGGGGCGGAGCUCCUUCAAACGUAGAGCAGGAGCUGGAUCCCACCACCUCUCUCAGGCGGGCCGAGGGCGUCUCGUUUUCCUAGUGGGUUUGGCUUUCCGGCAGUUUGGCGUGGCCCUUGCUGGCGCUGCCCGCCGAGGCCGAACUCUUUCACUUCACUCUUCUGGAACGAAGCGGGGAUUUCCUGUCCCCUCUUUAUUUGUGGAAAUGAGCUGAGAGAGGGGAUAUCACUUGCCUGCGACCAUACAGCCAGUAGAUGAAAAGCCAGAGGCCUCUAAUGUCAGCGUAAGUCUACUGAUCUACUGUUGGAGCAAAGCCAUUAAUUUCUGAGGGUUAGAAAGCUACGAGAUGGCUUUUGUACUAAACAAUUUAUAGCUAUGGACUUGCCAGACGAGAGCCAGUGGGAUGAAACCACCUGCCAGCUGGCUGUUUGCCAGCAUCCACAAUGCUGGGCCACGAUCCGCCGGAUUGAGAGGGGCCACCCUCGAAUCCUGGGCCCCCCGUGCAAAACAGCUCUGCAUGAUGAAGACAAACUUCCAGUGCUCACCACUGUAAACAUGGCAGAUUCCUGCCUCUGGGCCAAGAGACAUGCUCAUCAUCAUUUAUCAGGAUUUACCUUCACCAGACCGUGUGCUGUACUAUGUCCAGGUGCUAAGUUUGACUCCAAACUCCAAGGCAGGCCUCGGAAGGACUUACCUGACAAAGAUUUAAUCGACCAUCCCGAUAGAUCUCCUAAAGUAAAUCACAGAUUAAAAAAGCUUUCAGUGCUGAAUUUGAAUGAGACACAACUUCCCAACCCUCAAGAUGUUAGAAAUAUGGUUGUAAUCUGGAUCCCAGAACAACCAGAGAGGCACAUGAGUCCAGCUGAGAAGAAGCCUGUUCUUCGCAGCCAGGACUGGAUGAGGAGGAGAAUGAUCUCUACAACGAAACAUAGUUGGCUCUCCAGAAAGCAGAAAACAGAGACACAGUUGGGGCCUCCAGGGAUGAUUGUGCCUCCUCCCUCACCCAUACAAUUUCUUGAGCAACAGUCUGUACCUCUCUGGAACCAAUUUGACAUGUUACCUCAGGAUCUACUGAAGGACCUCUUGCCUAAUGAGGGGAAGACCAUGCCUUCUCUGGAGAUGAUGACACAGUUGGCCAUGAUGAAGAAGAAAGCUCCCCUGGAAAAGAGUCGCCCCGACAGUGCCAUUUCUGCUAAGAUGUUCUUAACUGUACACCGCCUCACGCUGCAGAGACCAGCAUUGAGAUAUCCUAAACAUUCAAAGAAAUUAUAUCACAACCUGAACACAGAAGGUCACAAGAAGCAGCAGCAGUGGCAGCAGCAGCAGCAGCAGAGGAAGGUGAAAACCCUGCCGAAGAGACAGGAGGCUAAAAAGAAAUCCAAGAGUGAUCUGGGGAGUCAGGACAUUUUGCAUAAACAUUCUGGUACCGUGGUGUAUGGCCCAUGCUAUGGUCACAGAACUCUACCAAGCCAAGAAAGUGACAAAAAGCAGCCACAGCAGACAAAGUCAGAAGAACCCACCUUGAGAAAGCCCAGACUCAAGAGGAGAGAAAACCGACUCCAUCUCUUGGUAGAAGGAGCAGCAUGUGCAUUCAGGACUGAGAAGAAUAGUUGGUGGCCACAUCUGGAGGCCAUCUACCUUCAGUUGACAGAUGGAUUCCACAAAGAGGCCCCAGAUGGAAUACUUGGAGAAUCAUCUAGAUUCCUUCCCCAGUAAGGAUGUGGAGCCUGGGACAUUGUUCAUCAGAAAGGAAAGAUGAGACCAUGUAGAGAAGAAUGGACUGAGGGGAGGAAGCACUCAUGAACACUUUGAAUUAGCCUCCCAAUGUUCUGAGCGAAGAGGAACAGGUAACUGUUGCUAACUGCCAUUUCCUCACCACCUGUGUCAUGGGCAUCAGGAGAAGGAAGGCCCAGCAGCCAGGAGGAUCUAGCUAGAAUUGCUUGGAGAUCCACUUUACACAUUAAAGCCGACAAGAGGUCUUAAGACUUAGCUAGUUUGAAGAUUGUCCUAGUAUACUUAUAAAAAGCUCUGGCUUCUUUUCUUUUCUGUCGUUCUUUGUCAUUCUUACUAAAGGCAGGCCACUUUGUUUGGAUCACCAUGUUUUCUGAGCACACUUCCCAAUGACACCUGGCUUGGUUUGACCUGUGCGUGAAAGCAGAGUCAAGGAAAGAGUCCUCAGACAGUCUGUGUCCAUAGUCUCCUCGCUGUAGGGUCAGCGAUUCCUUUGUUUGGUAUCAGUGCUGACAUCUGGGGUAACUGACUCUGUUCUUCCUUGUUUCUGGGUUACAGUAAGCUCCCUUUGAUGGGAUGGAGUCCAGAUUUCAGCCAGGGUAGCAGUGAC